GCACACGCACUGCCAUCUCCCAGCGCGAGCGGAGCGCGGCAAUUAAAUGACGACAUAAUAUGAUGAAGUAGCAAUAAUCGGGGGAAAAAGUGGAUCUUCAUGCGCACAUUCCCAGAGAAUAUUCCAGCUGGCUUCAGGAUGAAGACACCGAUGCGCCAUGGAGUAGCCGUGUUUCUCGCGAUCACCAUGUGCACCAGUCUGUUGUUCGUGUACAGCGUCAGCUACAACAGUAACACUAGAGCAUCCAGCGCGUCUAAGGGCGGGUCAGGUGAGAAAGUGGAGCCCACCAGAGCGGCCCGCGCGACUCCGGCACUGCAGGGAUACAGCAGCAUUAUUGAGCACAAGCCACUGAAGAUGCACUGCAGGAGCUGCGCACUGGUCACCAGCUCGGGUCAUCUAACCGGUGGAGGUCGGGGAAAAGAGAUCGAUCAGGCAGAGUGUGUCAUCCGAAUGAAUGACGCGCCCACUUUCCAUGGCUACGGGGUGGAUGUGGGUCACCGCACAAGCCUGAGGGUCAUCGCUCAUUCCAGCAUGCAGAGAGUGCUGCGCAGCCGCCAUGAACUCCUUAACUCCAGUCAGGACACAGUCUUCAUCUUCUGGGGACCCAGCAGUUAUAUGCGACAUGACGGGAAAGGACUGGUUUACAACAACCUGCGGCUUAUGAACCAAGUGCUGCCCAAACUCAAGGUCUAUAUCAUCUCCUGGCAGAAAAUGCUCCAGUUUGAUGAACUAUUCAAGAGAGAGACUGGCAAAGACAGGAGGAUCUCUAACUCGUGGUUAAGCACAGGCUGGUUCACAAUGACUAUUGCCUUAGAGCUCUGUGACAGAAUCAAUGUGUAUGGCAUGGUGCCUCCAGAUUUCUGUAGGGAGUCUCAGCACCCCUCUGUGCCAUAUCACUACUACGAACCAACGGGUCCAGACGAAUGUGCCAUGUACAUCUCCCACGAGCGAGGCCGGCGAGGCAGCCACCAUCGCUUCAUCACAGAGAAGCGAGUCUUUGCCAGCUGGGCUCGGACAUUCAACAUCCAUUUCUACCAGCCAGACUGGAGUCCUCCACCGUUACUGAGAAAUAACACGGCAACCACAGCCUUCACCCGAUCGCAGAACACGUGACUCUUACUAGAGCCUUCAAAAGAUCUCAAACUGCCUCAAACGGAUCUCUGGAUAAUUCCUUUUGCCAUGUGGAUGGAUUGACUGAGAGAGACUCGGACUCAUGGUGAACUGAUGCUUAAACCUUUUCUUUUGCACAUUCACUGUUUAGGUACAAAAGUCAUUCCAAUAGUGUGUACUCAUCCGCAUUUCAGAAAAUUUGAUCAGUAGCUUAUUGAGCAUCACUGGAAGUUCUUAGUUUUAUGUGGUGUAUAGAAAAAUCUAGAAAGGGUGGUGGAUCCAAGAGCUCUGGAGUGUCCAAGAUCCACUUGCAACAAUAUUUGUGCUAAAGACAAUGUAAAACAGCACUCACAAGUCAUUUUACUUUCAUAAUACCACAUAUUUAUGAGUGAAACAGAAUAGUCAACGAAAGAACGGAAGGAUGCCACUUGAUUUUGUCCAGUUGGAAUUGAUUUGAUUGUGAAAAGUGGUCUCUAAAUAUUCUCUGUCAGGUGGUUUACAACUGCAGAACAGGGAAUGCAAGGAAAUAUC